UGAAUUUUGCUGUUGAUUUCGAAAUUGUUUGGAAGCAAUGAGGUGUAGGAAGCGGUAUUGGGAUCAAUGGGCACCGAAUGAGAGAAAAACAAACAAAAAAAGGUUGAACUGAUCACCAGUAGUUUGGUCCAAGACAUUGUCGGCAGCUUCUUCAGCUGUUGUCAUUCAGGAUGACUUCAGAAGUUGGCAUAGAUUCGACAUCUGUUAAAGAAGCUAAUGCUGGAAGAAAUAUAAGAGAAGGUAGCCCACUGAAAAAAGGUCCUUGGAUUAAAGCAGAAGACGCGAUUUUAAUGGAUUACGUCGCAAAGUAUGGGGAGGGGAAUUGGAGUUCUGUCCACAGGCGAACAGGACUUGCUCGCUGUGGGAAAAGUUGCCGUUUGCGGUGGGCAAAUCACCUAAAACCAGAUUUAAAGAAAGGUGCUUUCACUCAGGAGGAAGAGGAACUCAUAAUUGAAAUGCACGCUAAGAUAGGAAACAAAUGGGCACGAAUGGCUGCUGAGUUCCCUGGCCGCACAGACAAUGAUAUAAAGAACUUCUGGAACACCAGACUAAAGAGACAACGGCGUGCAGAAAAACAUAUGCUCCCUCUAGGUGUUUUUUUCCAGGAAUUUAGUGAGGACAAACAAAAUAAGGAGCUGGCCACAUCAUCCUCUGCAAAUUCAGAUCCUCAUCUCUUGCCUAUUAACAAUGUUGAGAUUCCAACUGUGGAAAACAGAAAUUUUGAACCUAGUCAGCAGUUGUAUCCUCCGGGGCUUCUUAAUAUUGGUUUUAGUAGCUUUCUUGAUACUCCUGCAACUAGCUUACGUGAUCAGGGUCUUAAUUCUUCCUGGAAUACUCAUUCUGUCCGCUCAACAGUUCAUUCAUCCAAGCGUAUACGAGGAUCAGAAGCCUGGUUCUCUGAUCAAAAUGUUGACCUUUCUCAAGCUCACCAUCAAUAUCAAAAUGAUGGUUCUUUGUUUACUCAAUCCUUGGGGUUUUCUUCAUUGUAUACUCGUAAUCUGACAUCUAAUUAUCACCCAUCAUCCGCCGAUGACAUUCCUGGCAUCCAUGCCUCUUCUUCAGAGCCCAAAUUGAAGGGUAAGCUGGAGCUCCCUUCAUUCCAAACUCCGAUGACGAGUUGGGAUUCACCUUCCUCAGUUCCUUCAAUUGAGUCCUCCAAUACUUUUAUUCAAUCUCCUCCAAAUGAGUAUACUGAUUCUUGCAGUCUGUCACCCCAAAGCAGUGAUCUAUUGCAUGCCAUACUUUAUGGAUCACAAACACCCAAAGCCUCAAGGAAUAAUUCACAUCAAGAAACUUCUCGUGAUGUAGGUCCAGAUUCUUGUCCUGUUCUCCGAGAGAUUCAGUGGGGAACUAACCCUGAUGCAAUCACCCCUUCAGGUCAUACUAUUACAUCAGUGUUUAGUGAAUACACCCCUAGCAGUGGAGGUUCAUUGGAGGACCACCAGUCAAUAGCACCUUUGAUGGGAUGCAAUGUUAAUCAAGAGAUGGCUAACUUCACUCCCACUGCUGGGAAUGAUGAUACAUCAAACCACGAUUUGUUUUCCGAGACUGAUAUGUACUUUUCUCCAACUGAUUGGCCUCACGACAAAAUGGAGUAAGAACCAUAUCAAAUAUGCUUUUGGGGUCUGCUCCUUUUUUAUGGUUAUAGCAGGGACUGCAAGAGAGUAGCUAACUGAGCAGCCACAUUGUUGGUGGACGUGAUUGUUCUACCUCAAUGAGAGCAUGAUUUCCGAACAUAAUUUUGAUAAAAAUGUAACUUCCUCAGCUUACACAGCAGUUCAAGACAGUGUAACAUUUUGUGUCCUCUGUAAACCUUUUCUAUUGUAAGAACAUUGGUCUUAUUAGUUAUAGCUUGUAAAACUGUUUGUCAUCUUCAGUGCUGCUGAAGCUGGUUU